GUGGGAGGAGCUUUGGCAGAGGUAGAGGCCGAGGUGACUAUAAUGAGGGGCAUGGGAGCUCUGGUGGCAGGGGGAGUACCAGAAUGGAGGGCACCUGCUGGUACUGCAAGAAGGUCGGGCAUCCUUGGUUCAAGUGCUUCAGCAGGCCGGAGGGAUGGGCACCUCCAGGCAUGAAGCCGCCCAGUGGUGAACGCGCACAAGGUGGCGCUGUGCAAGGCUCAGGUGCACAAGGUGAAGGUGCACAAGGUAAUGCCUAUCCUGGUUUGUUUGUUAUGGUUGAGGAUGUGCAUGGACAUGAGGGUGAUGUGGUAUCAGUGGGAAAGGUUGUGAUGCACCCUCUCACACACUGGAUGAUUGAUUCAGGGUGCACCAGUCACAUGACCCCACGGGCAGAUUUGCUUGAUGAGGUAAAACCCCUUGGGAAGAUCAAGUAUGUGGCAGCAGCGUCAGGUGCUUUGCUCCCUGUGAUUGGCUUUGGGAAUGCCAAGGUUAAGGGAGCUAAUGGGGAGCUUGUGGGGCUUGGGAAUGUUCUGCUAGUUGAAGGACCAGCCAAGACCCCACUUGCACUUGUGCACAUGGAUGUGGUGGGGCCCACAAGAGCCCCUUCCCUCUCAGGUAGCCGCUAUUUCUUGACAAUUGUGGAUGACCACACUCGGGCAGUGUGGGCAGAUGAGUUGCAGCAGCCUUCAAGGCAGGUGGAGGUUGCAGUGUCUGAGGAGGAGAUAUCUGGGGUGACUGAAGAAGGGGGAGCAGCUGAAGUGGAGCAGCAACAGCAACAUGAGUCUCCACCUCGAGUUCCACAGCCGCCUGAGCGACCUAGGAGGGAUGUGCGCCCUCCUGUGAGGCUGACCUAUGGGGGAAGAGGCAAGCCAAAUGUGGUGCAGGCUGGGAGUGUGGUUGAGCAGAUUGAGGAAGAUGAGAUCGCUCACUGCUACUGGGCACCAAUCCCUGAGCCCAAGACUCGAGAAGAGGCCUUGAAUGGACCAAAUGGGGAGAAGUGGAAGGCGAGUGAGGAUGAGGAGUUCGGGUCCCUGAUUGAAAACGAGACAUGGGACCUGUGUGACUUGCCUCCUGGGAAGAAGGCAAUCACUUCCAAGAUGAUCUACAGGCACAAGAAGCUGUUUCAUUCGAUGGUUGGGUCGCUGAGUUAUGCUGCAAAUCAUACACGGCCUGACAUUGCAUUUUCUACAUCACGGUUGGCUAGUGUGGUCUCACGCCCUAGUCAUGAGCAGCUGGAAGCGGCCAAGAGGUUGGUCCGCUAUGUGAGUGCUACGGCAUCAGUGGGAUUGGAGUACAGUGGAGUGAGGCAGCGGUUGCAGAGAGGUGCUGCAGAUGUGAAGAGUGGAGAGAUGCUCUUGAGUUGCUAUACUGACGCUAGCUUCAACUCAGUGAAAGCGGAUGGCACCAGCAUUGGGGGAUAUGUGUGCUUGCUAGGAGGUGGUGCUGUGAGCUGGCGCAGCAAGAAGCAGAAUGAGGUGGGAUUGUCCUCAUGUGAGACUGAGUACAUGGCCUUACACCAUGGGGCCAAGGAAGUGGUGUGGCUGAGGCGCUUGUUGGAGGAGUUGGGAGUUGGUCAGGAGAAGCCGACAGUUGUGUUUUGUGACAAUGAGUCCGCUGUGAAGCUCGCCAAGAAUGCUUGUCAAAGUUGAGGUUCCUAUAGGGAGGGAAUCUUUGUGCUUAUGGGGUUUCCUUGGUUGGGGACUCUCUUGGGACCUUCCCUCUCAUCCCUCUCUUCCUAUCCCAACCUUUCUCUUGCUCCUUCUAAUUCCUUGUGAGAUUCUUGAACUUUGAUUGAAUCUUUGAGAUUGAGUUAAGUUCUCCUCCUACAGCUUACCCCCUAAUGCGUCGAAAGCCAUAGCGUCGCGAAUACUUCAUCAAUCAACAUGAUUCAAAUUG